AUGGAAAUAAUUAAUGAUACAAAUCAAUUAAGUAAAGAAUUUACAAAUAAUAAUAAUAGUGAUGAUGUCCCUAAAUCAUCACCGAUCCCAAUUAAAAGGAACACACUAGAACAAACCCUAUCAUCCUCACCAAACUCAACAUCAGCAUCAUCCUCACCAAAUUCCACAUUUUCAUCCUCACCAAAUGGUUCCCAGUGGACACCUGAUAUUUUUAAAAUAAUUUCUUCCCUCACCAAUUGGUUAAAGGGUAUAGAAGAGAAUAAAGUUUCAGAAGAAGAAUAUAAAUUAAAAGAAAUUGAACUUUGGAACGAUUGGGAAUGGAUUCUUUCGACAACAGAGGAAUUUUUGAUAAAGCAAAAUAAAACUGAUAAUUCAAAGAUUUUAAAUGAAUUGGAUACAUUAAAAAAAGCAGCAUCAAAUUUAAAGGUUAAACCAUUUUUCACAGAAAGAGCAGUUAAAGAAUUAAAAAAAGACAAAUUCACUAAAGAAGAAUUAUCACUCUUAAAAAGUUCACCAUUAGAUCCAAACAAAAGAUUAGGUGUUAUUACUACAGUUAUCAAUACAUUUGAAGAACAAUGGUUAGAAUUUAUAAAGCAAACCUUUUUUAGUGACGAAAUAGAAAGCAAUAAUAAUAGUUUAGAUAGUAUAGAUAAUAAUAUUAAUAAUAUAAAUAACGAUUCAAAUAAUAGCGGUGAAAAAUGUUUUAAUAAAUUUGAAAAUGAUAUAAUGGUCGAAAGUGAAAAGAAAAAAGAUGAAUCAGUAGAUGAAGGUUGGGAAGAUAAUUUAAAUAAUAGCACCAGUGGUACAAAUAAAAAUAUCAAUAUAGAAGAAACUAAAGAAGUUAGAAAAUGGGACUCAUUCACUUCUGAUAUGGUCGUUUUCAAAAAGAAUAUAAAUAAAAUAACCUGGGAUCAAUUUUUAGAAAAUUUUAAAGGUUCAAAAUAUAGUAAAGGUGUUCAUGGAAGAAUGAAAGAUUUAGGUUGGCAAGCAUCACACGGUGUCGAUGGAUCAUUGAAUUCAAGAGUAAUGGGUGAUAUUACUUGGAGUAUUUGGAAUACUCUUCAGUCAGCAGUAAAGCAAAUUAGAGAUUUAACACUCGAAGAACCCAAUGAUCUUAUUGAUAAAAACUCUAGAAUAGGUGUUAAGAAUGAAGGAAUUGUAGUUGAAAAAUGGAAGCAAGAGGAAACAAAGAAAAAGAAAAAGAUUAUGGAGAUGAAAAAAUCUGGUCUUUUAGAUAAAUAUAAUCCUGAAAAAGUAAAAAUUUUAGAUCACGAAAGAAAAGAAAUCUCACAAAUUAGAUCCAAUUUAGAAAAGAAAUUAAAAUUAAGAAAAUAA